AGAGCAGAGAGAAGGCUGGAGAGAAAAGAGAAAACAGCAGCAGUCGUCAUGUCGACAUCAUCGCACGCCAGAUUCAGAUCAGGAAGUGAUUCUGCAAGUCUCUUUUCAUAUCCCCUUGAUUAUGUCAGUGUGCUGUCGUGUGUGUGUAUGUGUGUGUGUGUGUGUAUGUGUGUGUAUAUCUGUGUGUUUGCUUUAGAGGCUACUCUCGAUAAUCCUAUAAUGAUCCCUUCAUCACCCAAACACCAUUAAUCACUUAUGGACUCCAUCUUAAAGCUACAACAAUGGGAUCCAGACUCAAGGAAAAUCCAGAAAGGACAUUUUACUGGUUCUUUCAAGCGUCAUGUCCCAUCGCCCGAGACAAAGAUCCUGGGCUGCUCUUUCAAUUCCCAGAGGACUUCAAUGAUGAGGAGUGUUUGCAAUCUCUUCCUCGAUUCUGCUUCCCUUACGAUAUAGAAAAAGUGAAGGACGUCAGCGCUGUGCAGCACUUUACGUUUGCAUUGACUGACCUGGAGGGAUGUCAGCGAUUUGGGUUCUGCAGACUGAACUCCAGCUCCCAAACCUGCCUCUGUAUCCUCAGUUACCUACCUUGGUUCGAGGUCUUUUAUAGACUACUAAAUUUCCUGGCAGACUAUGUGACAAAAGGCCAGACUAAUGAGAUGAAAGAGUUAUUGGCAGCCCUUUACAAACACCCCAUACCUCUGAAUGACAGCUCCAAAUCUCUGCAUCUGAUGCCGUAUUUCGUUGCUCCUGAUCCGAAGGCUUUACCAUCGGUCCCAGAGAGCAGGAACUUCACAGAGCUUAUCGUGGCUGUAGAUGUGGGGAAUCUGCUGCAGCUGUACGUCAGCAUGCUUUUUGAGAGGCGUAUCCUGAUUUGCAGCAGUAAACUCAGCACGUUAACAGCGUGUGUCCACGCGUGCAACAGCAUGCUCUUCCCUAUGUACUGGCAGCACAUCUUCAUUCCCGUCCUCCCACCAUAUCUGCUGGACUACUGCUGCGCUCCGAUGCCGUACCUUAUUGGAGUUCAUUCCAGCCUGAUAGAGAGAGUGAGGAGUCGUGCCCUGGAGGAUGUAGUCAUUCUGAACGUGGACACAAAUACCAUGGAGUCUCCUCACGAUGACUUAAAAAGGCUCCCACCAGAUGUGGUGACUUCUCUGAAAGUCAGACUGAAGCGCUCGGCUACUGUUACAGGCUCAGGUGUAGCUAAAGCAUUUCUUAGAGCUCAGGCUCUGCUGUUUGGAGCAUACAAAGAUGCCUUACAGUACCCUAGUGGAGAGCCUGUGUUAUUCAGCGAGGAGUUGUUUCUCACACACAAGUCUCCCAGCAUGAGGCAGUUUCUUGAGAGUGCCGUUCAUCUACAGUUUUUUAAACAGUUUAUUGAUGGACGUCUGGAGAUGCUGAACCAAGGGAAAGAGCCAGACGACCUGUUCGAGGAGGAAAUAGUGCAGUGUGGAGCAUCAUCUGGUGGCUCAAAAUCUUAUCAGCAGUGGAUAGGGAACCUGAAGAAAGGAGGAGGAUCUCUCAUUCUGACCGUCAAAUCCAAGGCUCAGAUGUACAAAAACGCCACAUGCCAUAACAAGUUCAAGAAUCUUAUUUCAACAAAGGAGCAGAAACAGGCUCACACACUCCAGCGAGGAGGGUCCGUGUGCGGCACACAUUCGUACCGUGUCAACAAAUCAGACUGCCUUCAGAACAGAUUACCCAUCACACAGCAUUUUGGGAAGUCCAGACCUCGCAGACCCACUCGCAAACUGUCUGGCGUGCAGGGGGACGAACCGCUACAAGACUCCAUCAGCACCUGGGGAGAAGAGAGUCAUGUAGAGUUGACUUCUGAAGACCUCGGUGAAGAUGGAGAACUCGCCAUGAUGCCUAACCUUGAGGAGAUGGACCUGCUAGGGGAGAUCUUUGACACUUUGAACACCCAGAGCUCCACAGAGCCAGGACUUUUGUACAGCACACGCAGUCUUGAUAUCUUCACCUCUGACUGCACUGAAUUCAUCAGCAGAAGGAGCUUGGCCACACCCAGUCAGGAGAGCUUGAGUCUUUCCAUUGGAAACAACGGCAGUCUGAUGAGCUGGGAGGAGGAGCAUGAAGAGGUUCUGGAUAAUAAGGAGGAUGAGAAGGAGGAGUCUGAGCAGCCAGGUGAUGAACCAAAGACAGAUAUAAGAGAUGGAGUCUCGGAGGGGGGCGUUACGUCAGCGAAGGAGGAGCCAUGUGUGAAUCUUGAAAAAUUAGUUGAGGAUUUUGUAGAUUUAAGGCAAGAGCUUGAAGAGGAGUUGAACAGUAACUGUAAAGAAACUAGAACAUCUUCCCGACAAGAUGAGGAGGAUGAGGAGGAAUCUAGCAGGUCAUCAGGAGACAUUCAAAGUGAAACCAGAGAUGUUCAGGAGGUAACUAGCACCAUGCCAAGUGAAAAUCCAGAGCAAUCCUUGAGAUCCAUUCCAGAUAAUGCAGAUGACAGUAGUGGCGCUCAGGAGAUACAAGCAAAUGAGGCAACAAACAAAACACAGAAUGCAGAACACCAUGAUCUAACUCAGAACAACAACAAACUAGGAAAUCUACAUAAAAACAUUCAUGAGGAACAUGCUGAGGAACACCUGAAUUCAGCUAAUAAAGAUGAAGAACAAGAAAACUGCAUGGACCAUUCAGCUCCUAAAGUGCUUUCCAAAAUGGCCCUGUUCCAGGUCAAAGCCUACCAGCCCAAGGACUCUCCUGAGACUGUAAAGCCCAGCUACAGCAACAAAAUCAUUGAUACACCUCUAAAGAUCUCGCCAAGAGGUCCUGGAGCCCUUCGGAUCACUGCAAGAACAGAUGACUCGUCUAUCAAAUCUCCGACCACGUCCACUUUAUCAGAUCCAGCUACAGAGGAUGAAGAUCUACCACCACCUAAAGUGUCAGAACUCAAAAAAAGAUUUGAGCAGUGAUGGACUGGAGGAAGAACAUCAUGGCCACGCCCACGCUCGCUCCACAGCACUAGGUGGAGAGAGCACAGGGAUGAAAAAAAGUUCAGAUGUCUAGUUUACUCAAAGCAAACCAGACUUUUAAUGAGUGACUUAUAAAAGCGAGCUCCAUGAAGUUCUCACUCAAAUGCUGCAGUGCACAAGAUCCUGCUCCUACAACCUGCUUCCAAAAGUACAUUUUGGCAAACAAUUUUAAAUACAUUUUAUAGACUUUACAGUAGUUUCUUCCUCCAACACAGUGUAUUGAAAGUAAAAGAGGUUCAAGUAAAAUCUUAAAUAGAAGCCAUUUUUUUAAUAAAUAAAAGUUCUGUACAGCA